AUGUUAGAAUUCUACGCGAAUAUGAAUGGAGGAUUAAUGCAGGAGGGCAUCCAGCCCCCGAUCACGUGCACGGCUAGAACAGAGCUAAGCGCGAGCAUCAAGCGGGAGAAGAUCGUCGAGAUCUGCGAGGGGUGCGGACAGAAGAUCCAGGACCGCUACCUGAUGCGAGUGGGCGAACUGUCCUGGCACGAGCACUGCCUCAGCUGCUGCGUCUGCGGCUGUCCCCUAGCACAUACCUGCUAUACCAGAAACGCUAAGCUUUACUGCAAACCCGACUACGAUAGGUUGUUUGGAGUGAAAUGCACCAGGUGCGGCGAUCGGCUCCUGCCACAGGAGAUGGUCAUGCGAGCUCAGCAGUACGUGUUCCACAUACAAUGCUUCGUGUGCGUCAUGUGCUGUCAGCCGCUUCAGAAAGGUGAACAAUACGUCAUUAGAGCCGGACAAAUCUUCUGCCGGCAAGAUUUUGAGAAAGAAAUGUAUUUGAUGCAACACGCUGAAGAUGAAAUGAUAUUAGAUGAUUCUGAGCGACCUCGUGAUGGACGAAGAGGACCGAAGCGUCCACGAACGAUACUUACAUCAGCACAGCGCCGACAGUUCAAAGCGUCCUUCGAAGUUAGUCCAAAACCGUGUAGAAAAGUCCGAGAAGCAUUAGCAAAAGAUACUGGUUUAAGUGUUCGAGUCGUGCAAGUAUGGUUUCAGAAUCAAAGGGCAAAGAUGAAGAAAAUCCAGAGGAAAGCCAAGCAAGAAGGCGAGAAGAACAAUGACAAAGAGAAGGAUAAAGAUGAAAAAAGCAUCAAACAAGAGUCUCCUUCGAGUGAGCAUGGAAACUAUCUGGGCCUUGAUGGAUCUUAUUCUGCUUCAAGUCAGCCGUUGAAUCCGAACCUACCGUAUUCUCCUGAUGAUUACCCAGCACACUCUGGUGACAGCUUCUGCAGUUCAGACAUUUCACUGGACGGGAGCAAUUUCGACCAGUUGGACGAGGGAGCGUCUGACACCAUGAGCCUGCAGAACUUGGAGGUGCAGCACCACUCGCACCAGCAUCCUGGGCACUCUGCUCACGAGCCCCUCAACCUCGGCACUGGCUCGGUCGUCAACCCGAUAGACAAGUUAUACCUCAUGCAGAACUCUUACUUCAGUACUGAUCAUUGAUUCAGUGUGCAACGCGGUGCCGCCCUGGCUCCCAUGUUCGGGCAGCGGCCGCGUCCAGCGCAUAUGCCUGCUAAGUGUACAGAGACUGCUACUAGUCACCAUUCGUCGUAUUCUGAUACCUCCUUAAACUGCCGCUUUCAACCGCAACAGCCUCUACGUUGAUCAUAAGUAUGUAUUUAAGAAGUAACACAGAGAUAGAUGUAAGAUAAAUAAAGCGCCACAUAAAAUGCUAUAUUCGUACUACUUAUAUAUUUUUAUUAAGUAGGUAACUGAUUUAACUCUGGUAUCUAUUUCUGCAAGUUGCAUGUCGAAAAUAAAGGCAUUUGAAUAGAUUGAAACCAGUCCAAGUUGUUAAACGAUUUUUUCAUGGAUAUACAGUAGUAUUUGAGCAAAGAAUUAAUUGAUAGUGUGCACAUAAACUUUACUUUGUGAUCAAUUUACUCAGUCUGUUCUGUAACUUUCUUUAUUUAUAUUGUUUGUUUUCCGAGUAGCACAUAUAGAUAGAUCGUGCCAUGUAGAUACUACUAGCUAUUGAGGUAUGUACCUACGAUAUAAUUAAAAUAGGUUCACAAAAAGUCCACACAAACGGCAUAAAAUAAAUAUAGGUCCUUCUCUAAAUACUUACAAAAAUCAGAAUUGACGUUGAUAACCUUCUUAAAUUAUUAUUAUGGAUGGCUGCUUAAUUCUAAAAUAGAUUUAAUGUUGUACAUAAUGUAUAUAGAAAUGUAGGUUACAUGCCUAUAAAUAGGCCAUGAUUGAAAUUAUUAUCAUGUAGAAAAAUCUUUGUGUAGUCAAACUGUACAUAAUAUUGUAUUGUAUCAAAAUAAAUGUAGGCAUAAGUAGUGAGUGUCUAAAUAAUGUACGUAUGUGUUACAAAUUAAAUGUUUCAGCAUAAUGAAUGUAUACAAAUCAGUCCGACACAUAGAAUCAAUAGUUUACGUUAUAGCGUUACACAAUUUGUCUAAUUUAUAUAGAUGUCUGUUUCCGUAUCAAACGGUUUUAAAAUAAUCACUUUAACACAAGUUUUACAGAUUUAUUAGAUGUUUAUAAUAAAUACAUGCUUACAGUAGAUAUUACUCUAUUUACUUACAAAAUAAAAUGCAGGCGGAUCUAGUCAUUUUGGUAUUGUUUUUAGUCAAAUUUAAUAGUUCAAUAGUUGUAUUAGAAAUUGUUUUUAUUACAUGUCUAAUACCAAAAUAUGAAAGUAUGUACUACCCGUGCCGAUAAAGAAUGGGAUUAGAA